GUCGGCGGCUAGUGGCACGGAAAACGGAAAAGCGCGGAAAAUUUCUAGCUGCCCGUCCACUAACACACACACCCGCUCUCGCCCAGUGACAGUGUGCUCCAUAUGUGUAAUCAAAGAACACGCUCGGAACCCGCAGUUUAUAUAUAGAAAAUUUCAACGCACGCUGCUGAGGGAAACUAAAAUACAAAAAUAAAUUACGAAAAUCGAAAAAUAGUGGCCACUUUUUCGAGGAAAAUUCUGAGAAUCGUCGGGCUUUUAACAACGAUAAAGGGAGUUAUUAUUCUAAUUAUUAUUCGCAUUACGCAUACGCUCCGUGUGCCGUUCGCGUGUGUCUGUGACUGUGUUUGUGUGGUGAAGAGCGAAAAGCGAAAAAAGGAAAUCCCGUCAGCGCUGCUGGCGUCGAAGCCGACGCAGGCGACUCCACCCAAAAUUGUAUAUCAAUUUUGAAGGGUUUUCGAGUUUUCCCAGUGCCCGUCGUAUGCGUACUUGACCCGAUGGUCCAUAGCCAAUAGCCCAAUCCCAGCGAGAAUCGACGCCGCCAAGCAGCAACAAGGAAAAUGCGAGAAAAAUGUUUGGUUUAUGCGAAAAGUUGAUGACACAUUUCGCUGUCAUUUUGACCGCAUUUUUCCUCUCCCAGCCGCUGUUAUUGCUGCUGAUUUGCGGGCCGCAUGGCGGCAUUUCCCCCACAUCCUCGCCCAUGUUGGCGGAGGCCUCGGCGGCGGAUGAAGCAGUCGGAAAAUGGGCCACGGAGUUUGGGGACGAGCUGUUUCUGCUUGCCCAGAAGAUAACCAAGUCGCAGGAAAUCAAGGAGAAGUAUAAGGAGUACAAUGCUCGAGUGGAGCUGAAGAACGGCACCGAGCUGAUCAAAUCGAUCACGGCCAACGUGGCCAAGAUGCUGGCCCGGAAGGUGAAUGCGGUGCGCUGCAUUCAGAGGCAGGCGGAGGAAGAGUACGAGACUUUCAAGUUCAACCGUUCCUACGCACUGCAGAACUACUCAUACUACUCCAGCAAGUACUCCACCUUUAAUGGUAACAGUUCCGAGACUCUGGAGCCGAAUGAGGCUGAGUUCGCGUGGAUGUACACCCCCAUGGAACUGAAUCCUGACUCGCACUUCUACAACACGCCGGUGGACACUGAGCACAGUUCGGUGCACGUUCCCUCGAACGUUUGGGAUCGCUCCGACCGAGUUCUGAAGACCAUCAUGUGGUCGGAGCAGCUAGACGAGGUAUUCAAGAGGAACUACAAGUCCGAUCCGGCCCUGUCGUGGCAGUACUUCGGCUCUGAUACGGGCAUACUGCGGCACUAUCCAGCGUCUCAGUGGACAGACAUAAGGCCGAAUCGCAUGGAUGCCGAUACCUACGACUGUCGGAAGCGAUCUUGGUACAUUGAGACGGCCACCUGCUCCAAGGACAUCGUCAUCCUGCUGGAUCACUCCGGAUCAAUGACAGGUUUUCGCCACCACGUGGGAAAAUUCACCAUCCGUAGCAUCCUGGAUACGUUCUCGAACAACGAUUUUUUCACCAUCUUCCGCUACUCGGCGGAGGUCGAGGACAUCAUCCCCUGUUUUAACGGAGCGCUCGUCCAGGCCACGCCCGAGAACAUCGAGAUCUUCAACGAGGCCAUCGCAAACCUGCCGGAUCCGGAGGGCUAUGCCAAUCUGACGCUGGCAUACGAGAAGGCCUUCCAGCUGCUGCACUCCUACUUCGAUAGCAGGCACUGCAAUGCCAACUCAACGUCUAGCUGUAACCAGGCCAUCAUGUUGGUCACCGACGGCGUCGCCGGCAAUACUACCGAGGUCUUCCAAAAGUACAACUGGGGCAGCGGCGAGAACGGUACCUGGCACAUGAACGUGCGCAUCUUUACCUACCUGCUGGGCAAGGAGGUGACCAAGGUGCGCGAGAUCCAGUGGAUGGCCUGCCUAAACAGGGGCUACUAUUCGCAUGUCCAGACCCUUGACGAGGUGCACGAGGAGGUGCUCAAGUACGUGGACGUCAUUGCAACACCCCUCGUUCUGCAGAACACAGCCCAUCCACCCACAUGGACUCACGCCUUUACGGAUAAGACGUAUGAUCCAAAGACCUCUGAUGAGCGAAGACCCCGUCUUAUGAUAGCUGUGGGCGUGCCAGCAUUCGAUCGAUCCUAUCUCAAUGAGAACAGCACCAACACGAGGGCACGUAUGCUGGGCGUAGCUGGGACAGAUGUGCCUGUGGAAGAUAUAGACAAGCUGACAUUGCCCUACAAGCUUGGAGUCAACGGUUACUCCUUUGUGGUGUCCAACAACGGAUAUGUCUUGCUGCAUCCUGACCUGCGACCAAUGGGGACAAAUGGCAAGAUGAAUCCGAAUUACAACAGCAUCGAUUUCACUGAAGUUGAGCAUCUAUUCGAGGAUGAAAAUCCCCGAGAGCCUGGCGAUACCAUCCUAAACAUUCGCAACGCCAUGGUGCGGAACCAGACCAAGCAGUUCAAGGAUGUAUCCGUGAAGUUCCACUACGACACAAUGCGUCGCGUCUCGGAGGAGAAGCAAGACUACUUCUUCGCCCCUCUGCCGGAUACCCCGUUCACCUUGGGCAUCGUUAUGCCCAGCGAGUACGGCAAGACGUGGAUCAAGGUGGGCGAGGAGGUGUCUAAGAAUACGCACAUGAAGAUCAAUAUAUCGGAUUUCUUCAUCGGCGAAAACUGGAAGGUCCAUCCCGAUUGGGUCUAUUGCAAGUAUCACUAUCUGGAGGGACACGAGUUCAAGACACCGGAGGCGGAGCUGCGGGAGUUUCUGGGCAAGAUGGUGAAGAAGGAUUGGAAAUGGUCAGAACAGUAUGCCGAAGACGAAUCCGAUAGAGAUAUAAAUGAUGACCUGAACUGCGGCCGCCAAACACUAGGCGACGAUGCCUACUACUGCAACACGGAGCUGGUGCAUCUGCUGGUCUUCGACGCCAAGGUAACCAACUCCAGCUACGGCGAGUGGAAGUUCGAGAACGAGGAGGAGCGCCAGCUGAUCAAGCGCUUUGGAGCAGAUCUUCGCUUUGUGGCCACGAUGAGCGGCCUCACCCGGUGGCAGUUUAUCUUUGGGGAAGUGGAGGUAGACACGGAUCGGGAGUUCGGUGACUACCACACCAAGGCCAUUGACGAGACCUGGUACAAAAGCGCCAUCCUGCAGCACCAUGAGGACCGAACAGAGAGCUUUGUAUACUCCGUAAAACACUACAACGAUCCGAUGGAGGACAGCGAAGUAAAGGUCACCGCCUCGCACGCGAUCUUCCCAAGGGACGGUGGUAAGGAGGCGCCCGCCUGCGUCGUAGGGUUUCAGUUCUCCCAUGCCCUCAUGUGGGAGAGGUUCUUCAACAUCACCGCCGUGGAUCAUUGCAACCGUUGCCUGCCCAUCUGUACGGAUGACGACGUGGACUGCGUGGUCAUCGACAACAAUGCCUACAUUGUGAUUGGCCAGAACAUCAACACAACUGGUAAGUUCUUUGGCGAGUUCCACGGCGACGUGAUGUCUGCGAUGGUGGAAAGGGGCAUCUUCCUGAGCAUCGCCGUCUACGAUUACCAGGAGCAGUGCAAGGAGGAGCCAAAAACGAACAGUGAUGCCCAUGGUAUCCUGCAUCCCCUUCGAUUGUUAAGUCUUGGCUGGAAGUGGUUAGUGGGUCAUCUCUUCUUUCAGUAUCAAAGGAUUCAGUGGUGGGCAGAUGGAGCACCAUUCAUGGAAUACACCGACGAAAUCGAGGACGAGUACGUGGCCGUGGGCGACGGCGGCAAAGCUUCGGCUUCCAAGCCGAAGGAUGACGGCGACGAUGAGAAUGCUUUGUUUAAGGAACCCGAACCGGAUCCCAUCUAUAAGCCCUGCGACAUGCGCUCCACGCUGUACGCCCUGGAGCCCAGUGCCUUGGUGGGCAUCAAUGACUGGGUGGAGCCACCCUCGACCCGCCCCUUCUUGGUUAAAAAGAUACCCAACUCCAAUCUGCUGCUGGUGGUUGUCAACGUCCUGAUGCCAUCGCGCAGUGUCCGCCUGACGACCGAGCCACAGCGCUUGGAGUACCCAACGGAGUUUCCCUGUUACAAGCUCAACAUGAGCUUCUACGAGCGGCGACGCAUCGAGGAGUGCUACACGGAGCACGAAAAUGAGGAACUGUACACCUAUUGCGGCAAUGCCUCGCGGCUGGGUUUGACGCUUCAGCUGCUGCCGCUGACCAUGAUUUUGAUGUUUUACUUGACGCGCUGCUUUAUGCGCUAGGGGAUAUAUACACACACAACUACUUAUACUAUACAACAACUACGAUGUACUUACUACACGCGACUACGAUCGGUUUGUUGUCCUUAUAUGAAUAUAUUUUUGUUUUAUAUAGAUUGUAAACUAUACUAUGCCGUAGUCCAAUGUUUAACAAGAAUGCAACCAAACCAACACAGGCACAAUCUUCUUAACUAAAAACCAAUUUUAGCAAGAACAACUUCAACUCUUAGACUUACAAACCGCGCCAAAAGUUACUUAAUACUUUAUACAAAAAUGUAGCGAAUUGAGAAAAAGGCAACUUACAGACCAACCCCAAAGGAAGCCCCAGCGGAUCCUUCAACUAUUUCUCACGACUAUUAAAUAAUGCUACGUUAUGUUAUUUAUGUGCAACCCAAGUGCAUACAUAACGCCUAUAGCUUAAACCCCACGUUUCAUAGACAAUUUUGAUAGUUUAUUAUGGUACAACCAAAGCCAAAUAUUAAAAAAAAAAACAAAACACAAAAUAAACGAAAUACCAAAGAAAUUGUAAAAGAGAACAAAAAUAAUUCUAAUAACAAUUAUUUUUGUAAUUUUAUAAAGCUUAGUUGUUUGUUUUUACAACAAUAAAAGAGUAGUUAUUGUAUAAUACGAGUAAAUGAUAAAACAUAAGACACAUGCACUUACUCUUAUUAUUGCAAUGGAAAAUAAUUACUUAAAUUCGUUGAUUUUUUGUUACAGCCCCCAAAACGGUUUAAUUAUAGAUACAAAACGGUUUUUAUACGGGAUAAUAAUUAAUGUUUACUGCAAGAAGAUACCUACCAUGUAUUUCCUCCUGUUUUGUAAUGUGUAUUUUUAUUGAAUUUAAUGUUUUAAAAACGGCCAAGUUGACGGAGCAGUCAACGUCGAACGCGCGCACAGAUUUUUUAAAAAACAAAUAUAGGACCACCUGUAAAGUAUCUAAUACUUGUUCGAUAUUGAGUUCGAUAAACCAUCUAUGAUUUAAAGCUCUUUUCUGGCCUUAGAAUUAGUCUGGAAGCAUUAGCAAGAUCUACACAUAAAGAUGGAUAAACCAAACAAAAAUUGAAUACUAAAACCUAAUUGCCUUUGUAUCGUAUUUCAAAUGUGGAAACAAUUUAUGAACUUCAUGAAUUUAUGCAUAGAAAAAAUAUAAUAAUAUUAUAUUAUUAUGAAGAAGACAAUUUAAAUUAGGAUUAUUUUCAAGGAAAUGAAAUCAAAAUGAAGACGGCGUUUUUAAAGCUGAGCUAAGAUGCUAGAGAAAUGAAUGGAAAUUUGAAAACAGUUAACUAUUAAAUGUAAUUUUUUAAACAAACUGAAUUACUAAUACAACAUUUAUUUUUUGGAGUGUUUAAACGUUGUAAAAUGUAUAAAAAAGAAACAUUACGAAGAUAUGUAAAUCUAGUCAUAAUGGUAUACGUGGAUUUGCUGCGACUUCAUCCAAUUAAUAUUCAUCUCUAUGAGUUUCGGACUCCUUUUAAUCGAGUUUUAUUCAAUUUCGACACGUAUACACAUUUUAUAAGACAUGUCCACUAAAACUAAAAACUGUAAACAUUUUAAAAAAUUUCCUUAGCAAAAUAAAUAAAGUAAUCGUCGACGAAA